UGGGGCGCGGGCGCGCAGUGCUCGGUGCGCGCCGCCGCCCCUCCGGCCCAGCUUGCCAGCCCACUCUCCCAAUCCCCUCGGCCCGCUCUGGUCGCCCCCACUCCUCCUUCCACUCCUUGGCCCGCCGGCCCGGCGGCCCUCUGCGCAGGGCAGUGCGAAGAUCGCGGCCUGGCGAUCGGAGCACUGGGGUCGUGGCGCGAGGCUCGGGGCGCGAGGCCAAAUCUGGCUCGGCGGGGUGUGUGGGGUGGGCAGCGGAGCAGCCCCCAGAGGAGAGCAGGGGCAGGCAGGGGGGUGCCGAGGCAAGUGAGCCCCUGGAGCUGAGGGAGCAUCAUGGCAGUGUUUCUGGAGGCCAAGAAUGCCCACUCAGUCCUGAAACGGUUCCCUCGUGCCAAUGAGUUCCUGGAGGAGCUGCGCCAGGGCACCAUCGAGCGCGAGUGCAUGGAGGAGAUCUGCAGCUACGAGGAGGUCAAGGAGGUGUUUGAGAACAAAGAGAAAACGAUGGAGUUCUGGAAGGGGUACCCAAAUGCUGUCUACUCAGUGCGAGACCCCUCACAGAGCUCAGAUGCCAUGUACGUGGUGGUGCCCCUUCUGGGCGUGGCGUUGCUGAUUGUCAUAGCCUUGUUCAUCAUCUGGAGGUGCCAGCUGCAGAAAGCAACCCGUCACCAUCCCUCCUAUGCUCAGAACCGGUACCUAGCCAGUCGCGCCGGGCACAGCCUCCCCCGGGUCAUGGUGUACCGAGGCACUGUGCACAGCCAGGGGGAGUCCUCUGGGCACCGUGAGGCAGGGAGCAGCAAUGCCCAGGUGGUGCUGGGGUCUAGCCGGGGGUGCAGAACCACAGUGCAGCUUGAGAGCACCUUCUACCUCCCUGAGCUCUCCCUCUCAAGACUAUCCAGUGCCACCCCUCCCCCCUCCUAUGAGGAGGUGACUGCGCCCCGGGAGAGCAGCAGUGAGGAGGCCAGUGUCUCUUACAGUGACCCGCCCCCAAAGUAUGAGGAGAUAGUGGCCGCCAACCCUGGCAUAGACAAGUAGUAGGAUGUGUGUCCCAUCCUGUAUGAACGCCUCUUUCAGAGACCUCCUAUUUUCUUCUUAACUUUUGGAAGACUGUGCCACCACAAAGCAGCCUUAGCCUCCUUGUUGCCAAAUAAUUCCCUAACCAUGGAGUAUUAGGAAGUCAGUUGUCAGAGACAGUUAGGGAGGGUGGGGUAGGGAGCAUGAUGGUCAAAGCCCCUUGGGAAGAGCUACAGGCCCUAGUGUCCAGCUCUUCCGAAUACUCCCCUGAAGUCGCACCAUCCUGUCCUCUUGUCAGGGACUGGCUUCUCUUAUGCCAAAGGAAUCAACCCAUUGAGUCAAUUAUGGACAGGAUGGCCACAGGCCCAGGCCUAGGGCUAUGGGGCUGGCUGGAGGCCUGCAUAUAGAAGUCUAAGCCACAGAGGAUACUGAGAGGCCAGCCCUUCAGCACCCUUCUCCCUUGACAGUUCUGUUCUUUCUAUCUUUGCUUAUACUUUGAAGGCAGGCACAAGGACUGAGAAACAGACAAAAUUUUUAAAAAGUAAUGACAAAUAAAUAAAUAAAUAAUAAGUACAACAGAAUAAAACUCUAGAAUCAAGGCCAUUCCUAGGAGGCCUAGUGAAAUCCAUCUUACAGAUCUGCAACACUACCCCAUCCCCCUUCCCCACACUCCUAGAAGGAGGACAGAGUAUGCGAAGGAUGAGGGGCAGGGUCUGGAUGGCAGAGCUACUUCCUAUGGAUUUACUAAGGGGCCCAUGUGACUUUGCCUCCCCCAGACUUUGCCUCUGCAGACUUGUGCAGCAGCCAUGCUAAAACCACUAUCCACUGGCACGAGUCCACUCACAGCCUGGAGCACUCUGCUGUGGGGCACACUGAUGCUCCUGGCCCUAUCUGUGCAGCCCAUGGCCUUCCAAUGGUUGGGAUGCAGGCUGGGUGGAGCUGAAGUUUUCUCCUUGUGAGGUUGAUAACAGGAGCUUGAGCUUGGCUUCCUUGGCACUGUGCUCUCUGGCUUUGAACUUUUAGGAUACUUCCCUUUUUGUAAAUAGGUGCAUUGAAAUUGAACUUCAGAUUGAUGAUUUCUCCUUAAGGAUGGUGUCCACCUGAGGAGAAGAUCCUAAAGUGUUCUUUUUUAAACAUUUCUUUGUGGGGGAGCCCAUGACCUGGGGUCAAAGGUCCAUCUGAGGUUUGCUCUGCCAGCCUGUUUUCUGUGAGGCUUUAGACAGCAGUAGGGCAGAGGUGACCUGCUAUUUAACUAUCAGUGACUGCAUGAAAGAUUCUGUUGACACCACCUCCCCCCAUUCCCAUCUCCAUCCUCUGGCCUUAGCACCAAACUAUUUUUCCUCCGUGGUGCUUUAAAAAAUGUAGCAAAUUUUUGUGCAGCCCCAAAGAGUACACAGCCUAGGUCCAUUGGCAACCACAGUGAUUUAAACCCCUUUCAGUCGACAGCUUCUUUCUGUCUAAACAGCUCUCCAAGGCAGACAUUGAGACUCAGUCUUUGAUGCAGCCCCCUCUUGAGGCCACAGAUGACUUCUGGAGGCCCCUCCAGGCCUGGGCACUUGCCCAAAAUUGCACUUCAAGUCAGGAGGCUCAUGUUCUGAUCCCAGUGAGGCCACCAGCUUGGAUGGCUUGCUCAACCCUGCAGCCAGAGUUUUCCACCCUCCCCCUACCUGACAGUGCCCAUGGAAGCUGAAGGACCUAAUGCCUGUGAGGUGCUUGAAGUAGUAGGGAGCUAGGGAGGUAAGCCCUUAGGAAGAUUCUUCUGGAAAUGUGUCAGUUAUAAGGGACCAGUCUUAGCCAAGGCCCUUCAUAUACGUCUGAUGAGUCUCCACCUGGGGAGUCAAUCACCUGCCAGUUGAACUUUCUGUCCCCUUGCCCCUCCCCCCUGCAAAGCUCCAGACAGGCUGACCAAGUGGCAUUCCACCUUUCCUUCCUUCCUCCUUCCCUCCCCUGCCCUUCCUCACAAAGGGAUUUUUGGCCUAGAAGUCCCCCAUUUUUUCCUGACAGAGGCUGGGGCCCAUCCUAUUCAGCCACGUUGGGCAACCUGGGGCCAUCCCCAGCUCUUCCAGUGUUUUCUCGAGCAGGUGCCCAACUGUGACCUGGGAGCUGGUGAGAAGACACUCACCCCAAUGCAUCUGCUCACCAGUUAGCAUGGAGCCAGGCAUGGGCUUCACUGAUCAGAGCCAAGAGAUGCUCUCUGCCUUUGGCAUCUGUUGUGCCCUUCCCUGCUGCAUCCCCCCAAUAGCUUGAAGCUGGGUGGUGGCUGGAGAGAGUAGGAAGUGGAAGCCUGGGGACUAGCCUGUGGAGGGCAGCAUGUGUCCUUCAGGGGCUGGGGAGAGGCCAUGGGGAGAACCAGAGGCAGUUCCUUAAGGCCGGUGGUCUUCGGUUCAGGUGCUUCACAGUGUCCUUCCAGGUGGGCUUGUGCCACAGUCUCCCGGAUGGUUUUGUAGCACAUGAUGGGCAUCACCCCUGUGGUGAACACUUGGCUUGUGUGAAUGCCAUGUACAUAUCUUUUCAAACUCUGUCUUUGUAUGGAUGUGGAUUUGAUACAGUUCUAACUCUUCAGUAGCCACAUUUUUGUUGUUUUGGGACUUGUAUGUGUGCGUGUGUGUACACGUGUGCACGUUGCCUUUUUUCAUUGCUUAUCUGAAACAAUAGCCAGUGUGCGGCUAUAUUUGUACCAGGAGGGAUCCAGUCUGAAGGAAGGAAUGUCACCUCCUGCGGCUGGGCAGCCUUAUGACGGGGCCCUCAGUGGGGAAAGCUGAGAUUAGCUAUUGGAGCCCCCCCCCAAGUCACCACCUUCUGCCCCCUCACAAAAGGCUUUGGAAGAAGAUGAAGCAGCUCCAUUCUGUGGGUCUCCGCCCUGUGGGACUGGCUUACACGCCCUUUUUGCACAGUGCCCUAGGCCUGGGCUCCUAUUUUGUGAGCGAAAGAAAUCUGAGCCCUCCUGGGCAUUUUUUUUCUUUUUGUGGAAAGAUGUGUGACUAUUGACUUUGGGUAUGGUGGGGUUAGUUAUUUAGAUAUUUUUCAUUAAAAAAGAGAAAAGGCUUUAAAAAAUUCCUUGAAAUAUGACUGUUCCUUGUUUUCAACCAAAAACUUUUUAAGGCUUUUUAAAACAAGAAUCAAAAUCCUGUCCCUCCCCUGCUCCUCAUUGCCUUGGGUUUUCAAAACGAAAGCACAAGCCCAAGAGUGGGGUGCACAGGUGCCCAGUGUGCACAUGCACCCCACACAGCUGUGU